UGGCCAACAAAUCUUAGAGAUACAUUAGGAAUUUUUCCCAUAUUCUCCUAUGUUUAUUUUUCCCCCCUUUGGAGCUUUUUCACGUUUACGCUGCGUCGCUGCUCCUCUUCUUCUUCUCUCUCCUCCAUUAAAGCCUACUCUUAAUCCUCCAUUGAAGCAGCUUCUUGUCUUUCUCUCCUCCAUUGAAGCACCUUUGAGGAUUUUGUAUAUAAUAACCCUUUAAUGUUAGGAGGGAACUAUGAAAAUGGACCUUUACUCCCUGGGCCUAGGGUGGUCGCCCCUCAUUCCUUGGCUCAGGGACGGGCUUGCUUGGAUGAGUAUGUGAAUCGUGAUGAUGUCGAAUUGUAUCGUGCCCGGGAGGUUAUUGAGACUGCCAGCACGAGUGGCGGUGGUGGCAGUGUCUUUGAAAAUGCUAUCACUGUGGUGUCUACUGCUGCAGGAAAUACUUCUACUAGUACAAGUACGAUGUAUUUUCCCCAAACUAUUGUGUUUUGUGAGCUCCGUCACGAGGGUUUUGAGGAUUCGGUCCCCACUGGGCCUGCUGAGAGCGGGUUGGUGUCGAAAUGGCGGCCUAAGGAUCGAAUGAAGACAGGAAUGGUAGCUCUUGUUCUAUGUUUAAACAUCAGUUGUGACCCACCUGAUGUUAUUAAAAUAUCUCCUUGUGCACGUUUGGAGUGCUGGAUAGACCCAUUGGCCAUGGCACCUCAAAAAGCACUGGAAGCAAUUGGAAAGGCCCUUAGUCUGCAGUAUGAAAGAUGGCAACCCAAGGCUCGGUACAAGUACCAGCUUGAUCCGACGGUAGAAGAAGUGAAGAGAUUAUGUAAUACUUGUCGUAGAUUUGCAAAGACAGAGAGAGUUUUGUUUCACUACAAUGGACAUGGAGUGCCAAAACCAACAACCAAUGGUGAAAUCUGGCUCUUCAAUAGGAGUUACACACAGUAUAUCCCCUUGCCAGUCACUGAGUUGGAUUCUUGGCUAAAAUCACCGUCAAUCUAUGUGUUUGAUUGUUCUGCUGCCGGAAAUAUACUUAAUGCUUUUAUAGAGCUUAUCGAUGCAUCUGUUUCCUCCGGUGCUGCAAAGGAUUGCAUCUUGCUUGCAGCUUGUGAAGCUCAUGAGACCCUUCCUCAGAGUGCUGAGUUUCCUGCUGAUGUUUUCACUUCUUGCCUCACAACACCUAUCCAGAUGGCCUUGAGAUGGUUCUGCAAACGGUCCUUGCUUCGUGAAUCUCUUGAUCAUUCACUCAUAGACAAAAUUCCUGGUCGUCCGAAUGAUCGUAAAACACUUCUUGGUGAACUUAAUUGGAUUUUUACAGCAGUGACAGACACGAUUGCUUGGAAUGUUCUUCCACAUGAUCUUUUUCAGAGGUUAUUCAGACAAGAUCUGUUAGUGGCCAGUCUGUUCCGCAACUUUUUACUAGCGGAGAGAAUAAUGCGUUCAGCCAACUGCUCUCCAAUUUCGUACCCAAUGUUGCCACCAACCCAUCAGCAUCAUAUGUGGGAUGCAUGGGACAUGGCUGCUGAAAUCUGUCUUUCUCAGCUUCCAUCACUCGUGAAUGAUCCAACUGCGGAGUUUCAGCCUAGCCCCUUCUUUACAGAGCAGUUGACAGCAUUUGAAGUAUGGCUUGACCAUGGAUCUGAGCAAAAGAAGCCACCAGAGCAGUUGCCUAUUGUUCUUCAGGUCCUUCUUAGUCAAUGUCAUCGUUUCCGGGCUCUGGUGCUUCUUGGGAGAUUCCUUGAUAUGGGUCCCUGGGCUGUUGACUUGGCAUUGUCUGUUGGUAUAUUCCCAUAUGUGCUUAAGCUGUUGCAAACUACGACACCUGAACUGCGGCAAAUUCUUGUUUUCAUUUGGACAAAGAUUCUUGCUCUUGAUAAGUCAUGUCAGGUUGAUCUAGUGAAGGAUGGAGGUCAUACUUAUUUUAUUAGAUUUCUUGAGAGCUCAGAAGCCUUUCCUGAGCAGCGUGCUAUGGCUGCAUUUGUAUUAGCCGUCAUUGUAGAUGGGCAUAAACGGGGACAAGAGGCUUGUAUAGAAGCUGGUUUACUCGAUGUGUGCCUUAAGUUCCUUCAAGAUUCUAUUCCAAGUGAUGCUCAGUCUGAACCUUUAUUUCUCCAAUGGCUUUGUCUCUGUCUAGGAAAGAUGUGGGAAGAUUUUACGGAGGCUCAGAUAGUAGGUUUACAGGCAGGUGCUGCUGUAAUAUCAGCGUCUCUAUUGUCUGAGCCCCAACCUGAGGUUAGAGCCUCUGCUGUCUUUGCAUUGGGAACUUUGCUUGGUGUUGGAUUUGAAUCUUCAGGAGAUGGAGGGGAUGAAGAGUGUGAUGAUGAUGAAAAGCUAAGAGCUGAAAUUAGUAUUAUUAAAAACCUUUUAAGUGUUGUUUCAGAUGGAAGUCCUCUUGUCAGGGCUGAGGUUGCAGUGGCUUUAGCUCGGUUUGCUUUUGGCCAUAACAAGCAUAUCAAAUCUGUUGCUGCCACAUAUUGGAGAUCCCAGCCAAACACUGGGCUCAGUACUCCGGGAAGUAUCAUUACUUCACACAUUGGUCCUUUGUUAAGGAUUGGGGGUGACAGCACUCCAAUUGUUCGGGAUGGGAGAGUCUCCACGAGUAGUCCACUGGCUACUGCUGGAAUAAUGCAUGGGUCUCCUCUUUCAGAUGAUUCAUCUCAACAUUCUGAUUCUGGUGCAUCAAAUGAUGCUGUUGGCAAUGGAAUAAUAAACCAUGCUAGACCCAGACCUCUUGAUAAUAGUCUUUAUUUGGAUUGUAUUUUUUCCAUGUGUACAUUAGCAAAGGACCCAUCUCCUCGCAUUGCAAGACUUGGGCGGAGAGUUCUCUCUAUUAUUGGAAUUGAGCAGGUUGUUGCAAGACCCAUAAGGCCCUCUACUGGUAGUGUUCGGCCAGGCGAGCCUACCACUUCUGCUGGUGCGAGGCUUUCUGGACUAGCUCGAUCAGCAUCCUGGUUUGAUAUGAGUUCAGGUCAUCUCCCAUUGACAUUUAGAACUCCUCCUGUAAGUCCUCCUAGAGCGAGUUACUUGACUGGAAUAAGGAGAGUUUCUUCCUUGGAAUUUCGACCACACUUGCUCAGUUCUCCAGAUUCAGGGUUAGCAGAUCCACUGCUAGGUUAUGGUGGGUCUAAUGCUAAUGCUGAGCGUAGUCUUCUUCCACGAUCAACAAUAUAUAAUUGGAGCUGUGGGCACUUCUCGAAACCUCUUCUUACAUCAACAGAUGAUAGUGAAGAAUUAAUAGCAAAGAGGGAAGCAAAGGAAAGAUCAACGUUGGACCUCAUUGUAAAAUGUCAGCAUUAUUCUGUUAGCAAGCUAAAUAAUCAGAUUGCAAGCUGGGAUACCAGAUUUGAGACUGGUACAAAAACUACCUUGUUACAACCAUUCUCUCCUAUUGUCAUUGCAGCAGAUGAGAAGGAAAGGAUUAGGGUUUGGAACUACGAGGAACCAGCACUUUUGAAUAGUUUUGAUAAUCAUGAGUUUCCUGACAAGGGAAUUUCUAAACUCUGCCUUUUAAAUGAACUUGAUGAUAGUUUACUUCUUAUUGCUUCUGGUGAUGGAAACGUUCGAAUUUGGAAAGACUACAUGCAAAGGGGGAAACAGAAGCUUGUGUCUGCUUUCUCUUCUCUGUCUGUUCAGGGACCUACUACUCGAAAUUUGAAUGCUGUUGUGGAUUGGCAACAACAAUCUGGAUGCCUAUUUGUGGCUGGAGAUGUACCGUCAAUCAAGGUUUGGGAUCUAGACAAAGAACAACUUGUGCAUUCCAUUCCUUCAUCCCCCGAUAGCAGCAUAUCAGCACUGGCUGCUUCUCAAGUUCAUGGAGGUCAAUUUGCUGCUGGGUUUGUUGAUGGCUCUAUCAGACUCUAUGACAUUAGAACACCUGAAAUGCUUGUUUGUGCUACCCGCCCGCAUAUCCAGAGAAUUGAAAGAGUUGUAGGAAUCGGCUUUCAACCAGGGCUAGAUGUGGCUAAGAUUGUCAGUGCAUCUCAGGCUGGUGACAUUCAGUUCCUAGAUAUUAGAAAUCACAGUGAUGCAUACCUCACAAUUGAUGCCCACAGGGGAUCUCUAACAGCUUUAGCUGUUCAUCGGCAUGCUCCCAUUAUAGCCAGUGGUUCUGCAAAGCAGCUUAUUAAAGUCUUCAGUUUAGAAGGUGAGCAACUAGGCACCAUUCGAUAUCACCCAACGUUCAUGGCUCAGAAGAUUGGACCUGUAAGUUGCCUCAGUUUCCAUCCCUAUCAAGUGCUACUCGCUGCUGGUGCUGCCGAUCCCUUUGUUACCUUAUAUGCUGAUGACAAUAAUCCCACAAGAUGAACAUGUGUACUACCCAAGGCCGAAGGCUAUGGCAUUGUUUAAGACAACAUGGUGACAUGAUUGAGAUCUAUGUUGAAGUUACAUUGAUUUGGGAUUUUCCAGGAAAUUGUUUUCUGGGAGGUAUUGGGAAUGAUGAUGCAUCAGUCGUGUCACUACGUUCUCAUACCGAGUAUAAUGGAGUUGUGGAGGUUGGGAUUUAGGUUUUUCAGCUGCACAUUCAUUAGCCCCCAUGUAAAUUUCGAGCCAGAUGGUAAAGAGUCCAUUCAUUCCAGGGAGGCUUCUGCUAAUAAGCUUGCAAUAUAUAGGUAUUGACAGUGUAAAUAUAUAUAAAUGCCUUGCGUCUUUGUCCAUCAUUUGUUAUUAUGUCUUUUUUCAAAAUUUCUGUAGGGGGGGAGGGGUUUUGUAAUGUUUUUCUUUUCCAUUUGUUUCAAAUUUGUAGCAUAUUACAAGCAAGCGUUCAUAUUAGUCAGUGAAUUUGGGUGAUUGACCCUAACGGUUUAGGCGACAGAGGGAUGUUGGUGCAUAUUUAUGCAUGUAUUAGCUGAUUAACGAGUGCUCUAGUGGUACAGGUAGAUGCUUGAUGUCCAUCAUUUAAUCUUGUACAUAGAAUUUGUUGAAAUUGUGAUUUACUUAAUUGUAAUCAGCGUGUAUCAUUAUCCUUCUGAA